CAGUUGACCGUAUCCUACAUUGUUUUCGAACUUGACAUUUAAUCAUCAAUGAUAUUCCCCCUAUUCAUAGAGCCCAUCGAGCCUCAUAUCCUCUCCUAAAUCAUGGCAGAUUCAGACGUAACUGUCUAUCAUGGUGCCACCCCGCACAAGCCACAACACUUCUUCUCUCGAAACCCACCAACUCCUCAUCCGACUAAUGAGCAAAGCCUCAGAUCCUACCGCCUCAAUAAGUUCGUCAAUGGACCUGAUAACGUAUCCAUGGCACAUGUUCAAACUAUUCAGCCUCAUACCGCUAGCAGUGGUGUGACCGGCAGCCAAGCCGGAACCAGCUAAUAUAUCUCUGUUCAAGAGUCGGCUAUCUACUCGGCUUGGAACUGAAAGCGAAAGUAUCCCACGUUUGAAGCCUCGCCGAAUGUUACCUUAAGAGCAAUGGGUUGUUCAAUGAAAAUCUCGAGAUCGAAUCUUGUGAUCAAUCAUCGGGGCCUAGUUUAAUGCAGGUGGUGGAACUGUGGUGUUUAGCGGUUCACGAUAUGUUAAUGCACAUCCAAUAUCCAAUCCCUUUGUCGACCCCAUAUUUAUUCCGGACCUAAAUCUACUAGUCGUGCACGUAAGCCCUAAAGUCCUAGAUUUUCUGGGGAAACACAUCGACAGCUUAAACCCAGCAGAUUGAGCCAAUAAUAACUGACCGAACUAUGUCGUUAUAUCACCUACCUGUGCUAUAAGAGCCUUUGCAAUUCUAUUUUGGGAACUAGUUCGGUUGUUUCUACCGGAUGGCGGGAGUUGAAGUUACAUAACUAGGUAGAUAGGGUCUCGGCAAUGCAAGAUCGCAGCGGGCCGUUAUUGUAGUGUAGCCAGAAGGCUGCUAUAAGUGGUGGAAU